AUGUCUAGAAAUGGCGUUGGGUUUUGGUGAGUUUUUAUUUUUAUUAUUUUUUUUUAGUUUUAAAAAUUCAAUAAUUUUUCAGGCUCCUUGGAUUGUGCAAUAAUUUCGCUUAUGUAAUUAUGCUCAGCGCGGCGAAAGAUAUUCUAGAUCCGGAAAGUCAUCAGGAGAAAAGUUGUAGGGUGAGAGAGAGAAGAUUUUGGAGCGUUGCUCAUUUUAGUCAUCAGUUUUGACCUAAAAAUCGAUUUUUAUGGAAAUUUUGAGCGUUGCUCAUGUUAGUGUGAAGUUUUCAAAUUUUUUAAAAAUAAAAUUUUACGAUUUAUAGGUCAUCCUGAUCAUUUUGAUACUAAAUAUGGCCUAGAAAUCCAAUUUAUACAGAAUAUGGCCUAGAAAAUUUAAUUCCACGAUUUCUAGGCCAUCCUCAUCAUUGAGAUACUGAAUAUGGCCUAGAAAUUAAAAUUCCACGAUUUCUAGGCCAUCAUGAGACAAUUUUGGAGCAUUGCUCAUGAUAGCUUCAAAAUUCAUGAAAAAAUGUUGAGCAUUGCUCAUAUUAGACUACAAAAAUCGAUUUUUCAUCUCAGAAAUUUUUAGAAAAAAGAAAAAUUCUGAAAGUUUUUCUAAAAUUCUGAUUUUCUGUUAAAUUCUGAAGAAAAAUCCAAGAAAUUCCGGAGAAACCUGAGAAUUUUCCCUACAGUAACCCUAACAAUUUUCAGCCUCAAAUUUCAUCGCGUGAUUGUCAAUUUAUAUCAACUGGAAGUGUUUUAUUGGCUGAUAUUAUUCCGGCUUUAAUUAUCAAAUUAACCGCGCCAAUUUAUGUGCAUAAAAUACCUUUUGGGUGGGUUUCAAACUAUUUUUCAAAGAGGAAAACAGCAUGUGCGCUCUAUCGCACACCCUGUGCCUAAAAUAGUCUGAAAAUAAUGAUUUUUGGGCUCAAAAUGCUCGGGGAAUCUGGAUAAGCCUGAAUCUUGAUCUCUAGGCCUGAAAUAACUCAAAAAUCUCAGAACAAUGCAUUUUUCUAGAAUUCGCCACUUCAUUGUUGUUCUCCUUCAAGCUGCCAGUUUUUUAUUGGUCUCAACGAGUCAGAGUACGGUAGUCGCAUUGUUUGGUGUGAUUUUGGCGAGUUUUGGAAGUGGACUUGGUGAGAUUUCAUAUCUUGCAUUGAGUGCAAAUUAUGAAAGGUGAAUUUUUUAUUUUGAUAUUUGAAAUUGAAAAUUUUCAAAGUUUAAUAAAAAAUUUGGAAAAUCCGAAAAAUUUGGGUUCUUUUUAAUAUUAGUUAAAAGCAUUGCUCAUGUUAGCUUCAAAAUAAAUGCUUUUUCUUAAGAAUUGCUCAUUUUUGUCAUAAUUUAGACCUGAAAAAUGAAAAAAAAAAUUUAAUAAUAAUUUUGAAGCAUUGCUCAUGUUAGUGUGAAGUUUUCGAAUUUUUUAACCGAAAAAUUGGAUGCUCUUGUGAAUUUCGAAACAUUGCUCAUAUUAGACUAAAAAAAUCGAUUUUCAAUGAUAAAUUUGCAGCAUUGCUCAUGUUAGUGUGAAGUUUUCAAAACUUUUUACCUAAAAAUUAGAUGCUCUUGUGAAUUUCGAAACAUUGCUCAUAUUAGACUACAAAAAUCGAUUUUCAAUGAUAAUUUUAGAGCAUUGCUCAUAUUAGACUACAAAAAAUAUCAUUUUCAAUGAUAAUUUUGAAGCGUUGCUCAUGUUAGUGUGAAGUUUUCGAAUUUUUUCACCGAAAAAUUAGAUUUUCUUGUGAAUUUUAAAGCAUUGCUCAUGUUAGUUAGAAUCCAUAUUUUUCCAGCAACUCAGUAUCCUAUUGGUCAUCUGGAACUGGCGGAGCUGGCCUAAUCGGAGCAUUCUCCUACGCCUUCCUCACCGAUCGUCAAUUUCUCGCAUUCUCUCCAAAAUCCGCAAUCCUCCUCAUGUUCUUCACAAUUCCGCCCGUAUUUUCGAUAACCUAUUGGGGUGUUUUGAGAAUUCCACACACUGUGCAAAGAGUUCGAUUUUGUGAGCCGCGAACUUGGUGGAUUUGGGAGGAGAAUGAGAGGGAAAAUGAAAGCCUUUUGGAGGAAGAAAAUGAAAAUGAAGAAGAAGAAGUGGAAGUUAGCCAAACUCCAUUCAGAAAACAGGAAUUAUUUGUGAAAUUCAUGCUUCCACUGAUUCUUGUCUAUUUUGCCGAAUAUUUUAUUAAUCAAGGAUUGGUGGGAAAAUAUUUUGCGACUUAAAAAAAACAAUUUUUUGUUUUUCAGCUCGAACUUUUCGAAUUCGAUUGUGCUCAUGGCUUCGAAUUAUCCGCGGAUGCUCAAUAUCGAUGGUAUCAAGUAACAUAUCAGAUCGGAGUGUUUAUAUCGAGAUCAUCCAGUGAUUUGAUAACAGUUUCGCCAUUUAUUUUGGCAUUUUUACAGGUUAGGAACUUUUCCAGCAAAAAUUUUUGAUGGGGAAAAAUUUGUUUGAAAGAAAAAUAUCGAUUUUCAAUGAUAAUUUUGGAGCAUUGCUCAUAUUAGACUACAAAAAUCGCUUUUCAAUGAUAAUUUUAAAGCAUUGCUCAUGUUAGCUUCAAAUUUCACAGAAUUUUCAAGCAAAAAUUGCAUUUUAAUAAUAAUUUUGGAGUAUUGCUCAUAUUAGACUACAAAAAUCGCUUUUCAAUGAUAAUUUUGAAGCAUUGCUCAGGUUAGUGUGAAGUUUUCGAAAUUUUUUACCGAAAAAUUAGAUUUUCUUGUGAAUUUUAAAGCAUUGCUCAUAUUAGCUUCAAAUUUUAUAGAAGUUUCAAGCCCUUUUAGUGAUAAUUUUGAAGGAUUGCUCAUAUUAGCCUAAACCUGAAAAGUUUUCAAUUUUUUUUAGAAAUACCCCCCAAUUUUUGGGCGAUAUUUUUUCAGCUAAAAAUCUAGAAUUUUUUUCAGCCAAAAAUCUAGAAUUUUCCAGGUCUCAAACGCAAUAUUUUUCACAAUUUGUGCCAUUUCAAUGCUCAUUCUUCCACAUAUAUCAAUUCUUUUCGGAUUAGUCCUUUUUGAAGGAUUGUUAGGUGGAGCUGCAUAUAUUUGCAUAUUUAGAAAUGUACAUAAACAGGUUAGUGGACCUUUUUUCUUUUUUGAAUUUAAAUUUAAAAAAAAUUCCAAUUGCAGAUUCCUUCAACAUAUCGUGAAUGGUCAAUGGGUUUUGUUUCGAUAUCUGAUACGAUUGGAAUUAUGCUGGCUGGAUUUACAGCAAUACCAGCGCACAAUCAGAUAUGUCGCUUGAAAAUUUGA